AUGGCGGCGACGACGACAGUAACAAUAGAAUAUGGUAUGUCGAACAAUCAAAAUAUUGAUCUAAUAUCCAAGGGAAUAUUAUUCGAUGUCCGAAAAUAUCCAUUCUUAGUGUACAUUAGACUUUUUAAGUCCAGCGGAGUCGUAUCGGAAUGCUCAGGCUCGUUGAUUUCACCACUGUUCGUGUUAACUGCAGCACAUUGCACAGACAAAAUCGAAGCAAAUAAUAUAGUGGUGUUUCACUACUAUAACUUAUUUAUGAAGUCUCAGCAAUACGUUAAAGCCGUUUAUCAACAUAAAUCUUACAAAAAAAAUUUAAUUUAUAAUGAUAUUAGUAUAAUAAGGUUAAAAUAUCCGUUUAGGAAUGUCAACCGUUAUUUAAAUUUAUCUGGUCAUCCUGAUGAAUUUAAUGACACAGCGGACUGGAAUUGUACAGUUUUUGGAUUUGGUAUCUCUGAAAGAUCUAAUAACUAUGAAAAAUUAGGAUAUAUGACAAACUUAAGUGUGACAUACGGUUAUAAAAAGUGCUUUUUAGAUAUUUUAGACUACCAGUUUAGGUUUGGAUGUUAG